AUGAAAGUCACCAUCAAAGAGUGGAAUUCCGUCGCCACAUGGCAGUGGGAUAUCCCCGAAGACGACGUCUGCGGUAUCUGUCAGGUGCACUUUGACGGGACGUGUCCUACGUGCAAGUAUCCCGGCGACGACUGUAGCCUUUUAUCUGGAAAAUGCGGCCAUAGUUUUCACAUGCACUGCAUCAUGGAAUGGAUUAAGCAGGAGUCGGCAAAGGGACAAUGCCCUAUGUGUCGACAGCCUUUUGAGUGGCAAGAUCAAGCUAAUGAGACGGAUGGACCCAAUGAGACUCCUAUACCAACAGAUUGA